GCCACAGUACCAGCCAUCAGUCCAGCAGACUUUGCCCGUAGCCACAAGGGGUAUCAGGGAGAAAGUAUGGAUGGAUCCUUGCAAAUCCAUCACUGCUGUGAGAAAAAACCAGCUGAAAUCACAGGAGUGGGUCGGUCAAUCGAGUCACCUUCAGCUUGGAGGGACAGACAAUAAACUCUGUCACCCUCCCCAUCCACCCAGCAAAGUUAAGUUCCUCCGGUGGCACUCCUGCCUCAUUCUCCAGGCGUUUUUUUAUGCUGCAAUUGUUUACUUGUCUGCCUGCCCCACAAACUACCUGAGGGGUGUCAGCUGUGAUGCAUGUUUAAAAGGAAAUUUUCGAGGUCGCAGAUAUAAGUGUUUAAUUUGCUACGAUUACGAUCUUUGUGCAUCUUGUUAUGAAAGUGGUGCAACAACAACAAGGCAUACAACUGACCACCCAAUGCAGUGCAUAUUAACAAGGGUAGAUUUUGAUUUGUACUAUGGUGGGGAAGCUUUCUCUGUAGAGCAGCCACAGUCUUUUACUUGUCCCUAUUGUGGAAAAAUGGGCUAUACGGAGACAUCUCUUCAAGAACAUGUUACUUCUGAACAUGCAGAAACAUCAACAGAAGUGAUUUGUCCAAUAUGUGCGGCAUUGCCUGGAGGCGAUCCUAAUCAUGUCACGGAUGACUUUGCAGCUCAUCUUACACUUGAACACAGAGCCCCUAGAGAUUUAGAUGAAUCGAGUGGCGUUCGACAUGUACGUAGAAUGUUUCACCCUGGCCGGGGAUUGGGAGGUCCUCGUGCACGUAGAUCAAACAUGCACUUUACUAGCAGUUCUACUGGUGGACUUUCUUCUUCUCAGAGUUCAUAUUCUCCAAGCAAUAGGGAAGCCAUGGAUCCUAUAGCUGAGCUUUUAUCCCAGUUAUCAGGAGUGAGACGUUCUGCAGGAGGACAGCUUAAUUCCUCUGGCCCUUCAGCUUCUCAGUUACAACAACUGCAGAUGCAGCUGCAGCUAGAACGGCAGCACGCCCAGGCAGCACGGCAACAACUGGAGACUGCACGCAACGCAACCCGACGUACUAACACAAGCAGUGUCACCACUACAAUCACACAAUCCACAGCAACAACCAACACAGCUAACACAGAAAGCAGUCAGCAAACUAUCCAGAAUUCCCAGUUUCUUUUAACAAGGUUGAAUGAUCCUAAAAUGUCUGAAACAGAGCGCCAGUCCAUGGAAAGUGAGCGCGCAGACCGCAGCCUGUUUGUCCAAGAGCUCCUUCUGUCCACUUUAGUUCGUGAAGAGAGCUCGUCCUCAGACGAGGAUGAACGGGGGGAGAUGGCAGAUUUUGGUGCUAUGGGCUGUGUAGAUAUUAUGCCUUUAGAUGUUGCUUUAGAAAACCUAAAUUUAAAAGAGAGUAAUAAAGGAAAUGAGCCUCCACCACCUCCUCUUUGAUGACAUCCCAAUUCGCAGACAAUGUCCUCUGUGCUGUAUUUGCCAAUGAAAGUGGACAACAGCUAUCUUGGGUUUGUUUGGUGAUUGUAAUUUCAGGUCUGUCACUCUGUUACAUUGUGUACAUUCAACAGGAAGAGAGAAGAUAUAUAUGAUAAUCAUUUCCACUUAACUAAUUUUUACUUCUAGCAGGUAAAUGUAGGUAGCAGUGCAGGGGUGAUCUCUGCUUCCUGUACCUUGACAUGCAAAAGGCUCUCCUAAUACUCCACAUUCAAACUGAAGAGGAAAAUUGAAAUCUCUAAUGAAGCUGCUGUGUGUAUUUAUGAAUAUUAAUGAAUAAAAACUGCUUGGAUGGUUUACCUUAACUACUGCAUGAGGUUUUUUGCAGCGUGCAUGAGUUUUAGUGACCUUGUUAUUUAAAAAACUUAAAUACAAGGAGUAAAACUUAAAAAUAAAAGCCCAAAGCUUUCCCAAACAUUAUUCAAUGGUUACGCAGCAAAAGGGUUACUUGACAAAGUAGCUUUUGAAUAAUGUCUGCCUGAAUCACCUUUCUUUGUGUGCCUCUACGCACAAGCCAGCUCUGCAGUGGAACCUGGGGUCGUAGCCGGUGUCGCGCUCCGCCCUGUGUGACUGUCCUGUCGCCCUGUUAGUCAUCUUACCGUGUGGAGCUCAGCCUGUCUAACUCAUCCAUAGAAGACACACCAGUACAGCUACUGUGGGAAUCUGCUGCAGGCGUCUGUGUGCCCUGAAAACAAAUCCUGUUCUACUUGUUUAAACUUUUUACUUUCUGUGGUUGUUUAAAUUUUUUUUCAAUUGUUAAAUAUGUUUUAUUCAGGUGUAGAUGAAUUUCAUUUAUUCACUGUUCAACAAAGUUAACCUGAAUUAUGUUGUCUUUGUUUUUGAAAAUCUCACAUUCUCAAUCAUACUUUGCAUUAUUUAUGUAUUUGCUUCAUAGUUUGCUGAGACAGAUCAGUAUCAGGGGAGCUUUGAGGAUUUGCCUUCCCAGACUUUGUCAAUAUAUUACAACCAAAUUCUUAAUGCUAACUUUAGCACCUUUUAUUUAUUGGGUUUUUUCCAGCAUAAAAAGCAAAGCGUUUUAAUUGAAUCAUGCCACCUAUAUGCCUAUAUUAUUAAUCCUAUGUGUAAAAAAAAAAAAAUGUACAACUCUUUUGGGUUUGUUUUGGGGUUUGGAGGGGCCGGGAUAUUUUUUAUUUUCUGUUUCAGUUUUUGUGCAUAGACUUUUCACAAUAGCUCCAAGGCAGGGACAGUGGGUUUGGGGUUGGGGGGCAGUUUUUGGAAUGUAAAUUUAGGACUUUUAAAAAAGGUGCGCACAGCUUCUGAUAAAUUUAUAACUAGACUUAACCUAAUCAUGUCUUGUUCCAGUGCUCUCUCCUCUGAGCCCUUUCCUCCGUCUCCCCUCUUCCGCUGUAGUCCUUUCCUUCCCCGUCUGUGUUUCUCUGUUUCUUCAACACAAGCAUACAGACUCAAGCACCCUCCGGUGUUUUCCCGAGAACUGUGAAGUCCAUGCUCAUCCAGAUGUAUCCAAAAAAGAUGUCACCCCACAUUUCUAAAAAACUGUUGCUUCUCCUUCUCUGAAACUUCAGACUCCAACAAUUUCCAAGUAUCCUAGCUUUGUUUUCUUUAGUUUCUGUGAUGGAAAAUGUUUUAAAGGAAAAUUUUACACCAGGCUUCUGGUUAUGCUAGAAGUCCAGUCCAGUAGGUUUUUUUUUUUUUUUUCAGUUGGUUGUUGAGACGUUUCAAAAACCAGUUUUCAAGCUGUGGUCUUUUCACACACAUCUUCUGCACAUACGUCACACAUUUCAAUAAAGCAUUUUCAAGACUGUUGA